AUGUCGAAGGCUGCUGGAGGCACAGGGGCGGCGACAGAAAGUUGUCCCCCAGCCCCGGCUGGUACGUCCCCCGCCGCCGCGGUGGAGGAUCUGUCCAAAGUAUCAGACGAAGAGCUGCUGCAGUGGAGCAAGGAGGAGCUGAUCCGCAGCUUGCGGCGCGCCGAGGCAGAGAAGGUGAGCGCGAUGCUGGACCACAGCAACCUUAUCCGUGAGGUGAACCGUCGCCUGCAGCUGCAUCUCGGAGAAAUCCGCGGGCUCAAGGAUAUCAACCAGAAACUCCAGGAGGACAACCAGGAACUGAGGGACCUCUGCUGUUUCCUGGAUGAUGACAGGCAGAAAGGCAAGAGGGUGUCCCGAGAGUGGCAGAGACUAGGCCGCUACACUGCUGGGGUGAUGCACAAGGAAGUGGCCUUAUAUCUUCAGAAGCUGAAGGAGCUGGAGGUGAAGCAGGAGGAGGUGGUGAAGGAGAACAUGGAGCUCAAGGAACUCUGCGUGCUCCUGGACGAGGAGAAGGGUGCGGGCUGUGCUGGCAGCCGCUGCUCCAUUGACAGCCAGGCCAGCCUGUGCCAACUCACUGCCUCCACUGCACCGUAUGUGCGGGAUGUGGGCGAUGGCAGCAGCACCUCCAGCACUGGCAGCACUGACAGCCCUGACCACCACAAGCACCACGCAAGCGGUGGCAGCCCUGAGCACCUGCAGAAGCCCCGGAGUGAGGGCAGCCCGGAGCACUCCAAGCACAGAAGCGCCAGCCCUGAACAUCUACAGAAACCCAGGGCCUCCGGGACCCCAGAUCACCCCAAAGCACUCAAAGGACCCAGCCCCGAGCACCACAAACCAUUGUGCAAGGGUAGCCCGGAACAGCAAAGGCACCCACACCCUGGAAGCAGUCCUGAAAUGCUGCCCAAACACGUGCUGAGCGGGAGUCCAGAACAUUUCCAGAAGCACAGGCCAGGGGGCAGCCCGGAACACGCCAGGCACAGCGGAGGGAGUCCUGAGCAUCUUCAGAAACACGCCCUUGGUGGGAGUCUGGAGCACCUACCCAGAGCCAGGGGCACCAGCCCCGAGCAUCUCAAACAGCAUUUUGCGGGGAGCCCUGAUCACAAACACGGAGGCGGAGGCAGUGGUGGAGGCAGCAGGGAGGGCACCCUCAGACGACAGGCGCAGGAGGACGCGUCACUCCAUCACCGGAAUGUCUACAGUGGCAUGAACGAAUCAACCUUGUCCUAUGUUAGGCAGCUGGAGGCAAGAGUAAGACAGCUGGAGGAAGAAAAUCGCAUGCUGCCCCAGGCCACCCAGAAUAGAAGGCAACCUCCAACUAGAAACAGCUCAAAUAUGGAGAAAGGCUGGGGGCCCAGAGCCCGGCGGGUCUUGCAGUGGUGGCAAGGGUGCCGAGGAAUAGGACGAUGCCUGCCCACUCUCCCGGGUUCUUUUAGGUUGUCAUCAGGGGCUGAUGGGAGUAACAGUUCACCCAACUCUCCAGCUAGCUUCAGUGGACAUACCACACCUUCUCAGCAGCCUGAACCUGUGGUACAUUCUCUUAAGGUCUUGGAUGUUCAGGAAACUAUAGAUCGUCAACAGGGUAAAGAGUAUGAACAUGACCUUAGUGAGACAGAAAAAGCUAUAGUCAGAGAAAUGUGCAAUGUUGUGUGGAGGAAACUUGGAGAUGCUGCAGGUUCGUGUCCUGGAAUUAGGCAACAUUUAUCAGGAAACCAGUACAAAGGACCCAUGUGA